UGCUGCCAUCUUCCCUGUCUGCCAUGUUGUCUCAAGCACAGCCCUCAUCUCUUAAUAGCCCAAUGCAAAUAAUUCAAACUCGAUUACCCUCUGUGGACCAAGGUCGCCUUGCAGGCAUCCUGGAGAGACAAAGGAAACAGCAUGCUAGGUAUUUCAGAAUCAGGAGGCCCACCAACAAGACAAUACUUUAUGGCCCUGUCAAUGCCAUUGUGAAUGCUGUAUUCCCAGAAAAGAGUUUAUACAGGCCUAUGCAGCAGUACACACUAGAAGAUGGGAAGCGGGAUCAAUGUGAACUGCUGCGACCUGACAUUACCAUAUUUCAUCAUGUGACUCGUAUUCCAACACUUUUCGAUCAAGACUCGGAUUCCCUCACCUGUUUGGUGAUAGAGGUGAAGAAUAAGCCACUUUCUGCUAAAGAUAGGAAGGAGGACACAAAGAAAGCGGUGGAUCAACUCUAUCGGUACAUGAUCGAUGCCUAUCAAAAGAGACAUUGUCCGGGUGUGCUAUACGGCAUUGCCAUUGUAGGCUUUCGAAUGUACCUGUACCAGAUGAUAGGCAUAGGUGCACCAAUGAUUCACGUCGAGUCGGGUUUUGCCCCAAAUUUUCUAGACAAUAGUGCAACCACGCUUUGGAUGGAAAUUCGCAAAUUGGUUGACAAUGAAGUGCAUCGAAAGUCGCAUACAUGGCUGCGUGCAACCUGCUCUCUCAACAGCAGUAUGGGUGUGGCCCAACAAGAUGCUGACAUGGAGAAUACGAUGGGUGGUCUCUUUGAAGACACCGAGGCAUUGGAAUUCCCUCCAAUGCCCAAACCCAAAGACCCCAAUGUAUUCGGUGCCGCAUCUUACCUACCAGGCCUUAGCCCUACAAACACCGAUUCUACUGGGCCCCGUGGAAUCGAGAGUCCAAUACAACUCCGUUCAGCUGAUUGGGUUGGGGAAACACUCUCGUACACCCCGUUCUUCAAUUCCCCUGCCCCAAGCAACUUGAGCAGCGAUCAUCGAGUCAGCGGGACACUGCAUCUCCCCAGUAGUGCCCAAUGGAUGUCCACCCCCCAGCCAGGCCAAACACAGCCUUUUCACGGGUUUCAAUCCAUGCCUGCCACUCACUCAGGUGGAAUGCCACUCACUCCGGGAGCUCCCUCAGACUCACCACUGCAACCUAUCAGAACACCAUCUUCUCCGAGUCUUCUCAUGCCUCCAUUGGAAUCACCUGAAUCACCACUCCAUCGCUUCUCAAUACAAAGGAGGCAGCUGCAGAUAACUAAUAAUGUCAGCACAAUGGGUAUCCUUGUGAGAGACCAAGAUCGGUCCUCUGGUACUGCAGGUCAAGCUGAACCUGAAGAGGGUCAAGUUCCUCGAGGUGGCGCUAGUUGGAGCCCGAGAACACCUGAACCAAUCAGCCGAUGCACCAUAACGGACUGGUACUCCAUUUCAGCUUCACCUUCAACCAGCAGUCAACCGUGUAACUUUCCGGCUCCCAACAUUGCUCUGCACAGCUCGCAGCACCUUUGCACGUCCGACUAA